AUGCGCAAAUCGCCGGGUAGCCUUGCCUCGGAGCCCUUCUCCAGCUCCAACUCCUCGCUGAGCAACUCCUACAGCGAUGCCAGCGAUUUGGCCAACUGGGAGGAGUACGUGGCCACCGAUGGGAGUCUCUUCUACGUGGAGUAUCUGAAGCAAGAGAAGGCUGCGGCUGGGGCGGCGGAGCGACGGGUGGAGUUCAUGCGCCGAUCGCUGCGCCUGGGAAAGAAGUCUUCGCGUCGACAGCAGCAGCACAGCAACAGCCAGAGUCAGAAUCAGAAUCAGAGCCAGAACCAGAACCAGUCCCACAGCCACAGUCAGUUGGAUUCCCAGGCGGAGACGCAAGAGUUUCGAUUCUCACAGUUUAAGACGGCCGCCCCCGAUCCCAAGAAACUGGAGCUGGUAAUCACCGCCGCGGAUCGCUUUCGUUUCGGACGCCGCUCCACCGCCGUGGAGUCGAUCCUGGGCUUCCGGGUGGUGCCCUUCCCCGACCAGCCCGAGUGUCUGAUGGUCGAGGGGUUCGUGCAUGACCUCAGUGCCCUGCAGCACGGAAUUAAGCGUGGAGAUUGGUUUAGGUCCCUGAACGGCAUCGAGUUGUAUGCCAGCAAUGUGGACGAGCUACUGCAGCAGUAUGUGGAGCCCACGCAAGUGUGUCUGGGAUUCCAAUCAUGCGGUUCUGGGAACUCUGCUUCCCCGGCGGAUCCUUCCUUUAACGCCCAGAAUAUGCCGGACGAUCAGCAGAUAUGCAAGGUGGAGAACUUUGCCUCCUUCGCCGAGAAGUUUGAGCAAAUGCUUUUACCGGAGGCUGAGACUUCUCCGGAUAUGUCCCUGCCCUUCGCCAUGCUACUGCUACCGCCGGAGUGCUAUCAGCAUGAGCAACAACAGGACUCUCUCUACUAUUAUCCUGAGACACCGGACAACUUCCUGUUUAAAGCCCGAGGCAGCUUCCUUACACUGCACGCCGUGCUCAGCGAGUUGCACACCCACCCGCUGAGCUCUCGCCUCCUGGUGGAGCAGGUGCCCUACCAUGUGAACUACCGCAGACUGAAUGGAUUCUUGGUUCUAUUUGCCUAUGCCGGAGCCCUGUGCAGUGCGGCGGAGUGCAGCCUGCGGUCGGACGAGCUCAUUGGCUACAUUCGCUUUUCCCUGCCGGGCUUGCUCCUGGAUAGCUUUAGUUCCGAGGGCGGCACCGCUUCGAGCUCCAGCCUUAAGCAAUUCCUGCGCCACUUUUGCGGGAUACAGAGGACGCGACUGAUGGCCAGAUGUCGGGCUGGUCACAUACGCUUUGAGGAGCUCCUGGGCCAGUCACGGAGCCUGCCACUGCCCAAAGAGGCGCAACUGCGGAUUUUUGAUGCUCUCAGCGAAAUGGAGGCCAUGGACUAUCGCAACUGGAACGACGAGCCGCUGACUACACACCGUGAGUUCUUCAUUUACGGCAGUGCAUUGUACUACGAUAGCUUCCUGGUGGCCAGCCUCCUGCCUCCCGAGGUAAGGGUUAGUGUGGAGGGUUUCCUGCGCUGCCGGGGAAUUUUUGACCUACUGGGAGCUCCGGGUAUCAGAGUACGGGAGCUAUACGUCUGGGAGGAGAUCGUCUUGCCCAGCGCCACAGGCCGUUACUUCCUUACCAUCUGCACUCGAAAUCACCUGAGUUUGGCCGUUAUCCUUAAGAUCUUCGAUGCUCCCGAUAUGGCGCCCGAUGCGGUGGUCGGACCUUCUCUGUUCUACAUUGAAGAGAUCCAGGAGACGCUGGAUCACCUGGUGCAAUGCGGCAUUGAAUCGCUGGCCAUGUUCUGGUCCAUUUCGAACAAGAGACCCGAGGUGCUGGAGCCCAUAGCAGGAGAGACCAGAGAUCAGGAGAAAGAGCCCAAUAACAGCCGGUUGGAGUCCUUUCUUAAACAGAAGCUAACCGUGCUAAGUCCUUCGUCUGUCGAGGAAGAGGCACAACUGUGCUCCUCUCUGGGUGGAUCCUCCAUACACAGCCUGACGCCCAGCGAAGAUGACUCCUCGCGGCGUCGCUUGACCCCCAUUCACGGCGCUGGCGAAGAUUCCGAUAGCGGCUCCGACUGGGAGAACUUCGCUGUGCAGCAUCCACUGCACUAUGGACUGAAUCUGGGCGCCGAGAGCCACAAUCAAAGCCAAAUGACGGAGUCCAUGUGGAAGGAGAUUAACAACGUGGUGCCGGUGAAAAUUUCCGCCGGUUGGAAGAAUUCCGUGCUGCACUACGUCUACAUUGACAUAGCCAACGGCUCCCUCUUUGCUCCAUUCAAUGACAGUUCCGAGACUGGGUCGUCGUCGACGUUCCUAUCCGAGAUUCGCCAGGCCUGCCACAUAAUCCACGCCGUUUUGGCCAAGUCAAAGCACUACCGAAGGCAACUUACAGAGUCCUCGCGAGCUCCAUCGAAUGCCAAUGGACAUGCAAGCAGCAGCCAGGCAGUGUCGCUGGUCAAGGAGCACGGCAUGACCCUAGAGGUGCAGUCGCAGCAGAAAGCGGAAGCUCAAUCCUCAAGGAGCAGUCGUUUCGUGGUGGUCGGUCGCCUUUUCCAGUCGCCUGCCAAGGAGGUCUACGUCUGCCAUCGCUCCGAUGUGCCCCAGAAUAUCGUUGAAAUGGCCUUUCGGCUAUCCUUCUUUUCCAUGGGAUAG